GAAGCCGUCUGUCCCGGGGGUCUUCCAUUCCCCAGGACACUGGGGAGGGCCGAGGCCCACCAUGCCCGGCCUGCUGCUGCUCACCGCUGCGCUGCUCUCCAGCUGGGCUCAGCUUCCGGCCGAAGCCAGCUCCUGGUGGUCGUUAGCUAUGAACCCGGUGCAGAGACCCGAGAUGUUUAUCAUCGGUGCCCAGCCUGUGUGCAGCCAGCUUCCUGGGCUCUCCCCUGGCCAGAGAAAGCUGUGCCAAUUGUACCAGGAGCACAUGGCCUACAUAGGGGAGGGAGCAAAGACGGGCAUCAAGGAGUGCCAGUACCAGUUCCGGCAGAGGCGAUGGAACUGCAGCACCGUGGACAACGCGUCUGUCUUUGGGAGAGUCAUGCAGAUAGGGAGCCGAGAGACUGCCUUCACCUACGCAGUGAGUGCCGCGGGGGUGGUGAACGCCAUCAGCCGGGCUUGCCGCGAGGGUGAGCUCUCCACAUGUGGCUGCAGCCGGACAGCACGGCCCAAGGAUCUUCCCCGGGACUGGCUGUGGGGUGGCUGUGGGGACAAUGUGGAGUACGGCUACCGCUUUGCUAAGGAGUUUGUGGAUGCCCGGGAGCGGGAGAAGAACUUUGCCAAGGGGUCUGAGGAGCAGGGCCGAGUGCUCAUGAACCUGCAGAACAACGAGGCGGGUCGAAGGGCUGUGUAUAAGAUGGCAGACAUAGCCUGCAAAUGCCACGGCGUCUCAGGGUCCUGCAGCCUCAAGACCUGCUGGCUCCAGCUGGCCGAGUUCCGCAAGGUGGGGGACCAGCUGAAGGAGAAGUACGACAGUGCGGCAGCCAUGCGCAUCACGCGCAAAGGCAAGCUGGAGCUGGUCAACAGCCGCUUCACCCAGCCCACCCCGGAGGACCUGGUCUACGUGGACCCCAGCCCUGACUACUGCCUGCGCAACGAAACCACAGGCUCCCUGGGCACCCAGGGCCGCCUCUGCAACAAGACCUCGGAGGGCAUGGACGGCUGCGAGCUCAUGUGCUGUGGCCGCGGCUACGACCAGUUCAAGAGCGUCCAGGUGGAGCGCUGCCACUGCAAGUUCCACUGGUGCUGCUUUGUCAAGUGCAAGAAGUGCACCGAGAUUGUCGACCAGUAUGUCUGCAAAUAGCCAGGGCGGGGCCCGCACUUCUGGCCCUCUUCUCCACUCUGCCUCACAAAGUUUAUAUUAUAUAAAUCUAUAUAAAUAUAUUUUAUAUUUGUAUAAAUAAAUGGAUGGAUGAUAAAUAAUUAAAAGAAGAAAAUGAAAAGGAAAAGCAGAAAAUGAAAAGGAAAAGCUUAUUUAAGAGACGCUGGAGAUCUUUGAGGAUUGGACUUUGCUGGCUCUCGACUCCCAGUGGGUGGGAACUCUCCCUCUGGUGGGGACUCUCAGGAUGUAGGGACUCGGGAAUAUUCACUGUCUCUCCACCAUGGCCUUGAGGAGAGAGGUGGUGGUAGGCUGGGGAAGAUGGCUUUGUCUGGAAGUCUGGAGUCUUUGCUGGGUAGAUGACG